UUAAACAAGUUUUUGCAAAAAGUACAAAUUCUUGGCUUCAUGGCUACGUCUCUCUCUUUUUCUCUCUCUCUCUCUCACUCGAGAGAAGUCUCGUCCAAACAAAACAACAAAAGCACCAAACAGAAAACAUUUCUCCUCUCUCUCUCUUUCUUUCCUCCACAAACGCGUAUUCAUUUUCCUCUCUCUCUCUCUCUCUCUGUCUGCAAAAAAAAAAAAAAAAAUACAACAAAACCCAGGUAACAAAACCGCACAAAAAAUAACUAACAACAAACAGCAACAAUACGACGUCGUCCAGGUUUUCAUUCUUUUAUUAUUUAUCGAUUUGAAUUUUGAUAAUUGUUUUUGUAAACAGCAGAGUCGAUGGCAGAAUUCAGAAACAACAACACCACCACCAACAAUACGACGUCGUCGAAGUUUUCAUUCUUCAACCGAUCUUUAACAACGCUUAAUUCAAAUCGCAACGAAAAACAACCGCUGCAAAAACCCCAAAACCUCGAACGCACCGUUUCGCUUCGCGGUAGGGUUGUUAAAAAGCUCUGUAGUUUCUUUGAGCCAGCUCAAGAAGAAUCACUUUUCAUCAAUAAACCUAAACCCUUAAAAUCAACCGAAUCAACAUCAGAUUCUUCGGUAAAAUCGUUGAAAUUGAUCGAUUCAUCACCGAUUGUGAAAUUGCCUGGAACAGAAGAUCGAAUUGUGUUGUAUUUUACGAGUUUGCGUGGGAUUAGAAGAACAUAUGAAGAUUGUUAUGCGGUUAGGAUGAUAUUGAGAGGAUUUAGGGUUUGGGUUGAUGAGAGAGAUGUUUCGAUGGAUAGUUCUUAUAGGAAGGAAUUGAUGAAUGUGUUGGGUGAGAAAAGUAUGAAGAAUGUGACGCUACCGCAGGUUUUUAUUCGAGGGAAUUAUGUUGGUGGUGCUGAGGUUAUAAAGCAUCUUUGUGAGGUUGGUGAAUUGGGGAAGAUUUUGGAGGGUUUUCCGAAGACGAAAGCUGGGUUUGUUUGUGAGAGUUGUGGUGAUGUUAGGUUUAUGCCUUGUGGGAAUUGUAGUGGAAGUAAGAAGGUUUUUGAUGAGGAUGAAGGGUUGUUGAAGAGGUGUUUGGAAUGUAAUGAAAAUGGAUUGGUUCGGUGUCCUAAUUGUUGUAGUUCUUGAUGUGUUUCGAUUUGUGUGUAUUAGUAGUAAUUGGUGUUUUUUGCAAUUGCAAGUUUUUUAGGUGUUGAUAAAUAAUUUGAUUAAGAUUGAGGAAUUUGGGUUGUUUUUGUCGAUGGUGGUGAUGUUGAUGAUAUCGCUCUCCCUAAGGUUAUCAGAGGGUUUUAAAUAAAGGUCAAUUGCAGUUAAGAUCACAUCAGCUGUCUCGAUUGUUUGUAAUAUCGAGUAAGGAUCACACGAUGCAGCUGCAAUGUGACUGUGACUGGAAUUGAGACCACAUCAACCGCCACGAUUCUUUGUAAUAUCAAGCAAGGAUUGCGACAUGGGUGUAAUUCAAAACCUUGGUUAUAUCAUGAUUCAAAGAUCUCUUUGAAUUUUGUAUGUUGGUUUUAUUUGUUUGUUUAUUUAUGGGAAUUGUGUGAUGAGCUGAAGCUGAUGGUGUUUUCAGCUCCUUGAACAGUAUUUUGUUCAAGAGUGUGCUUUUAUAUCCCAAAAGAAAAAAAUUUGAUAACUGGGUUUGAAUAUGUAUGUUUAUUGUAGUUCAUUCCUCUCCUGGUGAGGAAUGUUUCUGAUCAAGGGAAUGUAAAUAUGUGUUGUUAUGAUAUGAUCCCUUCGAGGGAUGGAAAUAUUGACAUUGAAAUUUAUAUUGAGAGUGGUUUGUUGUCUGUUA